AUGUACCGCAGCAACUACCUCUCAGUGAAGACUGAUCUUGAUGAAAUUCAUUUUUACCUUCAGUGCAUUGUCCCUUGCCCAUAUGAGGAAAAGAGUAUUUUAGCAUUCACGUACAUUUUGACAGUGAAAGCAUUCUACUCAUCAACUAAUGUGAUAAAGUUAACUUCAAUAAAUUUUAACACUCUAGUUAUUCAGAGUGACAAACUAUGGCUAGUAGAAUUUUAUGUCCAUUGGUGUGAACAUUGUGAACAGUUUGUUCCAGAGUGGAUUAAAGUAGCUAGUAUUCUGAAGGGCAUUGUUAAAGUCGGUGCAAUAGAUGUGACUAAAUAUGCAUCUAUUGGACAUCAGUAUGAAAUUGAAGAAUUUCCCACCAUCAAGUUCUUUGGAGUUAAUAAGAACAAGCCAGAGAAAUAUUAUGGUGGAAGAUCAAGUGCAGCCAUUACCAGUGGAGUCUUUAAUUCUAUUCGCUUCAUUGUAAGGAAGAGACUAAUUGAGAAAAACAGCAUAUGUGGAUCUGAAGGACAGUGUCACCGAAUAACGAAUAAAGAUGCAUUUGAACUGAACGAUAGCAACUUUGAUAACCGGAUAGCUGGAGGUGAUGAAAUAUGGAUUGUGGAGUUUUAUGCGCCUUGGUGUGAGCACUGUUUAAGUCAAGAACUUGCAUGGACUAAUGCAGUUGUUGAAUUAGCAAGGCGGACCAAGGGAAAGAUUCAUCUUGCAGCUGUAGACUCUACAGUAAAUCUUGUAUUAGCCAGUCGAUUUCGGAUACAAGAAGUUCCAAUGAUAAAGAUAUUUCAAACAAACAAAGAAGUUGUUGACUAUAGUGGUGAGAAAUCUGUACCCAGCAUUAUUGCUGCAGGACUUGAGCUGUAUUCUAAGAUGUCACUAUAUAAGCCAUUUGAGCAAAUGGUCAGUGCAGAAGUUGUGAAGACGGUCUGUGGUCUCCGGGUAUUAUGUAUUAUUGCUGUAUUGCCUCCCAUUUCUGACACAGGACCUAGUGGCAGAAGUGAUUAUCUGGGUUUAUUGAUGAAAAUAGCAUACAAGUACAAGAAGAAAAAAUGGGGCUGGCUGUGGACAGAAUCUGGAGCUCAGCCGAAGUUGGAAAAUGUAUUGGGAAUUAGUGGCCUUGCAUAUCCUAACAUAAUAUCUAUUGAUCCAAGAAGGAGAAAAUACAUGCUCUUGAGGAGGCCAUUUAGUGAACGUGCAAUAACUAAAUUCUUUAGGUAA